AUGGAGCACACAUCUGCUUCCACACUACACGGCGACGAUCGUUGGACCGCACAUCGUGCCGACGCAGACGGCGCCGCCGCCGCUAGCGCCGCUUCGACCCCCGCUCCUACCACUCCCGCCACACCACCCGCCGACGACCUCUCUUCUUCCCAAGAGCUGCCUCGUGCCGCGUCAUCAGCAUCACCUUCCAAUGGCCUCGGCAUUGAUGCCGAAGACGAAGAUGUCCGCAUCGCCAUCAUGGCUCUCGGCGCAAUGAAGAGUCUCGACGGCUCCUCCAACGGUUUCGGCGCUCACAGCACCAGCAGCAGCGCAAUCUCGCUCCCAGACGCACACAAGCGCUCGAGCAAAUGUAAGUUUUCGCACACAGAGCCUCUGCCACCACACAUGCCGAGGCUACAGCUGACCAACACCACAUCGCCUUUGUCGUCUACAGCACCAGCACGCACGUCUUCGGCCAUCUCCAAUUCCAGCGUCGCCUCCACAGCAAUCUCCUCGCCCUCCUCGACGCCCACCACCGACCUCACACAGGAUUCGGGCGCAGACUCCCCCGCAGGCCGCAUGGCCGGUCCCGCUCGUCUCGGCGACUUGCCACCAGAUCUAAAGCUUCCCGCCGUCAUCCAGGACGAAGACGGCAACGAGCUCGAGGUCGACCCAGAAAUGAUGAACGACGCCGACUUUCUGAGGCGCGUUAGCCACCUCCCGCUCGUCCGCGGUACUCUCCGCGCGUACGAGCUCGGCAAGCAGCGCAGCAAGGUCGUCAAGUACGGCGCAGGCCUCGUGGAGAGCUCGGUCAAGUCCAUCUCCCGCCCCGUCGUCAGCCGUCUCGGCGCCAGCCUCGGCGAGCGCGGCGUAGAGCAGCUCGACGAUUUCGCCUGCCGACAGCUCGACCGCCUCUAUCCCACCGCCGUCGCAUCGCCCACAAAGGAAGAAAAGCGCACCAUCCUCGACGAGGUCGAACGCAAGGACCAAGAGGAGUGGCAAAACAUGAGCACAGAGGAGCGCGAGAAGCGCCGAAAAGCGUAUACCGCGCUCCAGCUCGAAGAGCGCGAACGCAACCUCAUGGCCAACGAGCUUCGCCAGCGCCGCGGCAAAGGCACCGACCUCGAGAUCGAAACCGCUCAUUCCUCAGCCAUUGCCUCGGGCAGCGCCAGCCACGCCUCGAGCGGCAAGCAAAGGGCCCAAGACGACACUCCCAUGGGCGACGCCGCUGGCGAUGCUGCCGACGAGAGCAAGGCAAAGGACGCGCGUAGCGGCGUCGUAGUUCGCGCCAACGCAGCCCAGUCGUUGCCGUUCAAGAACAGCCGAUGGGGCUCGAUGCUCGUCGAAGCAGGCGCCACCGCAGGCGGUCUGUCCGCCGCCAUGAGCGAAGAGUCGAUGAAGUCGCUCAAAUACUGCCUCCAGUGGCUUCAGUACGCCACUGCACACAUCGAGCAUCAAAUCACCAUCCUGCGCGACCUCAUCGUCCGCCUCAACCACGGCGAACUCGACAUGUCCGGCACCGCCGUGCAGAACCUCACGCACAUCAAGGGCGACGUUGUCAACACCAUCCGUGGCGUCGUCGAUGUGAUCGGAAAGUACGCCGGCAGUGCGCUGCCCGAGCCGGCGCGCAACAGCGUCAAGGCGUUCAUCCUCAGUCUGCCCGCGCGCUGGGCUACAGUCAACCGCAGCUCCGCCGCCGGAUCGCCCACGGGUUACUUUGGCAGCAGCCCCUCGUCGCCCUCCUUCUCGCCGGCGCACAUCAGCGAGGGCCCGCAGUCGCCCACGCACCUUUCGGCGAGCGCACGCUACCGCAGCGGCGCCGGGGGCCCUCGCGAGCAGAUGCAGGUGGCAGCCACGGCGCAGGCGGCCAACCGCAUCUUGACGCUCGCCAUCGAGUCGCUCGACAUCCUGCGCAGCGUCACCGUCGUGUUUGGCGAGUCGCUCGACCGCGCCGACCUGUGGGUGGAGCGUCUGCGCAUCCUGGGUCUGCAGCGCAAGCGAGCGCACGAGGCGCAAGCAUCCGAGCCGCCGCAGAUCGGUCCGGCACCCGGCUCGUCGUCCUCGUUGGGGGCGCCGCAGCACUGGGAGAGCGCGCGCGGCUCGUCGAUGCGCAGCAGCCGCGCCACCUCGCCCGGCGGCGACAGCGACGUGAGCAUGGACACGAGCGCCUCCACCAAGCGCCGACGCACGCGCCAGACGGCCUCGGGCGGAUUCCACAUGUCGAGGACGCCCUCGGCCGCCGCGUCGCAGGGCGAGGUUUCCGAGGACGACGAGGCGCUGACCGAGACGGAAAAGUCGAAAUCGCCCUUGUUGGGUGGGGCCGCGACGUUCUCGGCGGGCAGUGCACCGGCGGGCAAUGGCAGUACGCCGCACCACCACCACGCACACCGACGGCCGGGCACGCGCUCGCGCGCUGGCACGGGAGGCAAGCACUACCCCAUGCACCCGCCCACGCUUCCGUCGCCGCUGCAUGCCACGUUUGCCAACAGCCACAGCUCAAGGCCCGAGUCCAAUGCGUGA